AUGGCUGUGUCCACUGUGGCCUGGAUUCCUCUCCUGCUGCUCCUCUCUCACUGCACAUGUUCCCUCUCCCAGCCUGUGCUGACUCAGCCUUCCUCCCUCUCUUCAUCUCUGGGAACAUCUGUGAAACUCUCCUGCACCCUGAGCAGUGACUUCAAAGUGGGUGACUUUUGGAUACGCUGGCACCAGCAGAAUCCAGGGAGCCCUCCCAGGUAUCUUCUUACAUUCCGUUCUGACUCAGACAAGCACCAGGGAUCUGGGGUCCCCAGCAGAUUCUCAGGAUCCAACGAUGCAUCAACCAAUGCUGGGAUUUUGCUCAUCUCCAACGUCCAACCUGAGGAUGAGGCUGAUUAUUACUGUAACACAUAUCAUGGCAGCACUAGUACUUUCCACAGUGCUCAAAACUGUUGGGGAGUGUGUAAGCCCCCAAUCUUCAGCCUGUUAUACUGCCUGCCGAUCGGAGUUCAUCACCGCCUGCAGCUGUGUGAGUCAGGAGGACCCUCCAGCUUGCUCCCGUGGGCCUAG